AUGAUAAUUUAUGCAACAGCAGUCCAAACUAUAAAUUCUUUUGUUAAAUUGGAAUCUUUAAAAGAGGUCUAUGAACUCAUAUGGAUAUUUGUCCCUAUAUUUUCUCUUGUAUUGGGAAUCAUAACAGGUGUACUAGUAAUUGUGUGGUUAGAAAGAGAAAUAUCUGCAGGGAUACAACAACGUAUUGGACCUGAAUACGCCGGCCCGUUGGGAAUUCUUCAAGCUCUAGCCGACGGGACAAAACUACUUUUCAAAGAAAAUCUUCGUCCAUCUAGAGGAAAUACUCCUUUAUUUAGUAUUGGACCAUCUAUAGCAGUUAUCUCUAUUUUACUAAGUUAUUCAGUAAUUCCCUUUAGCAAUCACCUUGUUUUAGCGGAUCUCAAUAUCGGUAUUUUUUUAUGGAUUGCCAUCUCAAGUAUUGCUCCUAUUGGACUUCUUAUGUCAGGAUAUGGAUCAAAUAAUAAAUAUUCUUUUUUAGGUGGUCUGCGAGCUGCUGCCCAAUCGAUUAGUUAUGAAAUACCAUUAACUCUAUGUGUUUUAUCAAUAUCUCUACUAUCUAACAGUUUAAGUACAGUUGAUAUAGUUGAGGCACAAUCAAAAUAUGGUUUUUGGGGAUGGAAUUUGUGGCGUCAACCUAUAGGUUUUAUCAUUUUUCUAAUUUCUUCUCUAGCAGAAUGCGAGAGGUUACCGUUUGAUUUACCAGAAGCGGAAGAAGAAUUAAUAGCAGGUUAUCAAACUGAAUAUUCAGGUAUCAAAUUUGGUUUAUUUUACGUUGCUUCUUAUCUAAAUCUAUUAAUUUCCUCAUUAUUUGUAACAGUUCUAUACUUAGGCGGUUGGAAUAUUGCUAUUCCGUAUAUAUCUAUUCUGGAGCUAUUUCAAAGGGAUCAAAUUUUUGGAACAACAAUUGGUAUCUUUAUUACAUUAGCUAAAACUUAUUUGUUCUUGUUCAUUUCUAUCGCAACAAGAUGGACUUUACCUAGGCUAAGAAUGGAUCAACUAUUAAAUCUUGGAUGGAAAUUUCUUUUACCUAUUUCCCUUGGUAAUCUAUUAUUAACAACUUCUUUCCAACUCUUUUCACUCUAA